AUGUCCGGGCCCGUGAUGCUCCCCGCGCGGCAGUUUUGGAUAUCGCCGCCGGAGAGCACUCACUGGUCAUUUGACGUAUCCCAAUUAAACGAACCACAGUGGAACGAAAUAUUCCGGGACUUCCACGCUCGCUUCGACAAGGGGCUGGAGUACACUAUAGCCAGUCCCGAGUACUCCAAGCGGCGCGAGAUCUUUAAGCGGAACGCGCAUAUGAUCUACCAACACAACCUGCAACAGCGAACACAUGGUUCCAACGACGUCUCCCUCGCGCCGAACCAGUUCAUGGACAUGGACUGGCCGGAGUUCCGGAGCAGGCACCUCCAAGCGGUCGCGCCCGACAACAUGUGGUACGGGUCGUUCCCCACGGACAAACGAAUCGACGGCUCCGCUGUACUCAGUGGGGUUGCAAACCGAACCUUGCCCGACAGCUUCAACUGGAUCGACCACCAGUGCGUCACGCCUGUGAAAAACCAGCAGCAUUGUGGAUCUUGUUGGGCCUUCUCUUCGACGGGUUCCCUGGAGGGUGCGUAUUGUGCGCAGACGGGUCGAUUGGUGUCUCUGUCGGAGCAGCAGUUAGUCGACUGUGCGCGCAAGGAGGGCACAAUGGGUUGCAGCGGCGGCUUUAUGGAUAACGCGUACCAGUACGUAAUUGACAACGGCGGUAUUUGCACGGAGGAGGCAUACCCGUACGAGGGAGUGGACACGCACGCGUGUCGCGCUUCGAACUGCACGGCUUCGAUGGUGAAGGUGAGGGGCAUGAUGGACCUGCCUGCGCACGAUGAGAAGGCUAUGCGGGCUGCGCUGGUGCUUUACGGCCCGGUUGCGGUAGCGAUUGAGGCUGACCGCCCGGUGUUUCAGUUCUACCACACCGGGGUGAUGAAGCUCAAAUGUGGCAAGCAUCUUAACCACGCCGUGCUCGCCGUAGGUUACGGCACGGACGCCAAGACGGGCGAGCACUACUGGCUCGUGAAGAACUCGUGGGGCGAUCGGUGGGGCGACCUGGGCUACAUUAAGCUCACUAGAGACCACCACCGCUUCAGCGGGGAGUGCGGUAUUUUGCUCGCGCCUGUCGUUCCCCUGAUAGAUAGUUAG